UAUGUUUUGUUUUAUUUGACCCAAACUGUCGUGCCCUCUUCUGGUUCAGUAGUGUUUUUGUUGAAUAAAUUCAAGUAUUGAGGAUCAAAAAUUCUUGCUAUUAGUCUUGCCUCAUUUUUUGCGUGUGCAGCCGGACAUGAGUGACACCAGUGAUAUUACUAGUGAUGAAGAAAUCAAAAUUCCUGAAUCGCGACCCUUGUCUGGUCGUCUCUGGAAGAAAACUGCUGUUACAGGAAGAAGGUGCAAGUUUGGCCUAGUUCAAGAAAAAAAUAAAACAGUGGAAGAAAAAGUUCGCAUCAGACAAGAAGAAAAUCUUUUAAGACAGAUGACAAAGGACAACCUGGCCCGAAUUGAACGGCUUAGAGAAGAAAAGAAAGAGAGGCGAAGGAAGAAUAUACAGAAACAAAAAGAAGCAGAACUGAGAUCAGAAGUUGUGCAAGUUAUUAAAAAUCCAGCUAAACUGAAACGAUUGAAGAAGAAGGAACUGAGAAAAAUUCAGAAGCGAGAUACGCUAGCCAAGAAAAAGAAGAAAGAAGCCCCAGUGCCAGCUACCAAUGACUGAUUUAGUGGAUGUCGAAGACACUUACGAUUUUUUUCUUCAUACCGUGUACGAGUAUAAGCAACUCUCUUGAGUUGUAAAUCAAGGUCUGGAUUCCAACGAAUGUAAUAAUCAUAGGCAGGAUGUGUUUUCUUGUGAACAUCUUUCUCCAAUCAGCUUAUUGUAUUUAAUUGACUCGUUCAAUAUAAAUAGAUUAAGUGGCUGCAUCAUUCAAUGUAUCUUCGCCCCAUAUUCUGCCAUUAAACCAUAUUAUCAUUCUGUAUAGAUUUAUAGAUUUGGUAUAGAUUAGCAAAAACUCUAAGAACAGUCCAAAUGCUUCCUUUCUACAUCCAAUAUUAAUGGAGACACUGCCUUUUAAAGUACACUGUGUAUGAUGUCAUCCAUGGCGAUAGUACAUACCACACGCCUCCACCUUGGAUUGAUCGUUUCGAAAUCAUGGAGUUAUAAUGUAAGUGGGAGAGCUGGCACCACUUUUAAGCAUUUUCCAGGCCCCAAAUUCCGAGACUCCUGUGUGACGCCGGGUCACUUUUUCGAUACAUGAUCGAUUGUUUUUGAUACACGGGUACCAGGUCAUCCGAUGUAAACCAAGAAGAUAGGAAUCACCACAAACUCCACACUGCUAUUUUGGAUUGAACAUGUAUCGAAAAAGUGACCGAAGCUCGGUGCACACUGGUCCAGGAACUUGUCGAGUAGAACAUGGUGCCAGCUGUCCCAUUAACAUUACGACUCUAUGUACUCUAUGUUAGAAAUACACACAUUUGCACUGGUUGCCGUACUUAAAAUAUGGAUGAAACCAAUGGGUUAAGAAACCAUGGCAUGCACCUCUGCAGUGGACGAUGUCGUAAGCCAUGCUUUUUACAGGACAAUAUCUCUGUUAAUAUUAGGCAUGAAAACUAGGUGUUUGGACAGAUGGUGUCAUUUUUUACUGAUUAAUAAUGUGAAAUCAUCUAAACACAAUUCUUUAUUGUUCAAAAGUAUACAUCCUAAGCUUGAAGUAGGAAAAAAAAAACAGAAAACCAUUGUGACUGUUGUUGAGAUACUUUCAAAUUAUUUGUACAUGUGACUAAGCGUCUUUCUUCACUGAUUCUUGAUCGUUUUCGGCUAAUAUUAUCUUUUUGGAGUUUAACAGCUCGAGAGCAUGUAAGAAAAGAAUAUUAUUUAGAAGUUCAUAUCCUAGGCUCAAUCAAGAAGAAGAGAAGAAAAAAAUUCUAAAGCUGAGCUAGUGUUGCAGAUAUAAUCUAAUUUGAAUGAUAAAUGACCCAAAAAUCAUAAAUUGAAAAAAAAUUAAAAUUAAAAUUACGGUAUUGUGUCGAUUGUAAAUCAAUUUUGAAGGCGUAUAUGGACAGUGUAAGUUGGCAAUCACACAACUCGUUUGCGGUAUCUGACAGUCUCCUCCUCUAUGUUAUUAUUUUGAAGGAGAACAAAUUGACAUCAUUUUUUGAAGUUUUUGCAGAAUUUUCUUUGCACAGAGAAGAAAAAUCACGGCAGUUUUAAAAAAUUGCUGUUAAGUAGUUUUCUGUUUAAAAAAUAAAGUACGAUAAGAAGUCUGCCUCGUUGCAAACCAAAUUAUGUGAUUGCCGAUUUACACCGUCAAUAAAGAAUCUAUACAAAGAACUGGCCUAGAAAUAUCUAUUCAAGAAAUCAUAGAUUAAAACGAGGUGGUGUUAUGGGAGGUCCUAAAGAGAAAAGAUCAGAAGAUACAAAUCGCAAAAUUGGUUUUCUCUAAUAUUACGAAAAAAUAUCUCAUCUUCAUGCAUUGAUAUCUUCCAAACCCAGCUUUGGAGGGCCAGUCCCUUCGAAUUAGGUAUGUAGUUUCUUAAAUGAUAUGAAGACCCUAUGCACCAAAAAGCCAAAUGGGAGGGGAUCCGAUUCCAGACCUUGGCACUCUUAUGUGGAAUGGACGAGCAUCUUCUCACUAUAGUACAAGCAUUGUUCUCUAUUUUCUUUUGGAAAUUCAAACUGUGCAAUUCCACUAAAUCGUUACACCAACUUGUCACUUAAUCUAAAGUCAAGAAUUAAUUUUCAAAAAUAAUGCUGCAAUUUCAUUAGUCUGAAGAUUGUAAGUACUGCUCUGUUUCACUUUUCAUAAUUCUGUUAAGUUCUUUGUCUUUCAUGUAAAAUGUUAUGUAUCAUCCUCUCUUAAGUGCCAAUACAAUUUCUCCAAUCAUAGAAUAAAGUAAAACUUUACAAGCAGUUUACUGCAAAACUAA